CCGCUCUUGUUCCUCCGCCAGCUAAGUAGAUCGCGUAUUCCACAUUUUCACCGGGAAAUGAACUCUCUAAAUUCACUACCGGAUGCACAAUGGUGCCGGGAGCGGUACCAGGAACUUCACACGGCGAACAUGCAGGCCUCUCAGCUUCCUGCCGUGAUCGAGGGUCUCCAGGCUCUCUUCGAGCGAGCCAUACCGCUAAACGAAUUUCGCGUUGCGGCCGGGUGUGCUAUGUUGCUGAGCCUUGACUACAAGAGGCUCGGGGAAUGGGCAAGUAGCAUCAGGUGGGCUGGACAAGCCAGAGACGUAGCCAUGGAACAUUUUGGUUGGCCAAUGGCCUCAAAUGCAAGUAAGACGUUGGCACAAGUCACAUACGAUUAUGCCAGAGAUUUGCCCUCCUCAGAAAUCUUCAGUCAACUCGUCUCGCUCUUAACCGAUGGCGCCGAACGGGACGGUAGGCAUCACAUGUUCGAAGACCAGGCGGACAAGUACGGUUUCCUUAGCGAUGUUGAGCUAGUGCGUGCCGCAAAACUGGAGGGCGUUAGCACCCAGGACGCCUUUCAGAACUCACUAACUUGGCUCGCCGAGGCCGAGGUUUUGAUCCCUCAGUUACCCGAGGAGCUGCAGCUUUACUACAUGGCCGAGAACAUUUACAAAAGAUCCAACGCGUACUAUGCCAUCAACGACAUUUCGACUGCAUUGGUGUACCUUCAACAUGCCUGCAAUCUGUUCCAAGAGGCCGGCAAGGAGCGCGAAGCGGCCCUUAUGAACAAGAGGAUCGGCCUGCUGAACCUGCUCUCUGUCGAGCGCGACACUGAGACCACUACUUUCUCGCUCAAUGAGACCCUGGAAAGAUUCCAGCGGUCAGAGGCGUUUUUGAAAACUGUCGGCUUUCAAGAACAGCUUGCUGAUUGUCAUCUUCAGCAAGCCUGGGCGUGGGAGAGAGCCCUUCUUCAAGGCCACGAAGGGGCGCUCGAGCACGCCCUGAGGAACCUCGAUACAGCGGAGCAAAUUCGGAACGAAAUCCGCAUGGACUUCACUCUUCGGCGAGACGCAAACUCGCUGGUACAAAAACAAGCUCUCGUCAGCCGGAGCGCGGAUUUGUACACACUCGGGUUCGAACUAAGCCUAAAAGGGAACGACACUCGCCGGAGCUGGUGGUGGCUGCAGCAGGGUAAAGCACGAGGACUCCUAGACCUCAUUGGUUUCGGGGCCGACAUGCCCAAAACUAUCAAAGCUGAUAUUUUCAGAGACAAGACCGCGUCGAGGUUGUGGGAGCAGGAGGCCGCAAUUCUGCAACAGUUAUCCGUCACUCCUCCUGGGGACCGCUUUCGGCUAAGAGAAAGCUUGGCCAACCUGCGCCGCUCGAUGAACAACCACCGAACCCUACAUCCAGCGCUUGUGUACCGAGGUGCGCGGAGCCUUGAGCUCGACCAGCUGGAGAGCAUGUUUGAUUCAAGAACUGACGUCGUUUGCGUCGACUGGGCGGUGGUACACAACAAGCUACUUAUGGUGUCAGUGCGACCCGGGCAGGAACCGAAGAUCUCAGAACUUGAAAUCCUGCUCAGUGAUGUAGUUUCUUGGAUACAGACCAAUAUGCGGCCUACACGUUUGCGCCAGAGUUCGGCCACUGAUAGGCUCAGGAAUAUCGAUCCCCUCGUCGCACCAUUGGCCACAAAUUCCAAUGAGGGAGAGCUAUUGGUGUUCUGUCCAACUAAUAUCCUGUCUGGCCUCCCCCUCCAUGCCUUAAAUGUGGGUCAGCAGGUGAUUAUUGAGCGCAACCCGGUCAUAUACUCGACGAGUUUAUCAAUACUACAACACUGUCUGCAACGACAAGGCAGGGCCCGACCAAAAUCUUUAAGUGUUGCGAUACUUGCUGAUCCUACGAGCGACCGAGCAGCAGCGACCGAGUCUGCCUCGAACCUAGGAUCGCAAAUGAAUACAGAUCCGCUUAUUGGCACAGCGGCGACCGCACAAGCGUUCAAAUGCGCGGCCGAGCGCGUAGACAUCUUUCACUACCACGGCCACGUCAGGUUCGAUGUCAACGAGCCGCUUGAGUCCGCAUUCAAGCUUGCGGGAGAACAAGAGGUUACGGCUCGAGACCUAUUCAGCAUACAAAUGCGCCCCAAGCUUUUCACCAUGAUCGCGUGCGAGAGCGGAAGACAGAGAAUUCUGCCCGGUGACGAGCCGCUGGGGCUGAUGCCCGUUCUCUUGCUGGCAGGAGCCAACGCCGUGGUCGGGACGAUGUGGAAUUGCUGGGAUACAGCGGGCAAGGAGUUCACCGAAAGCUUCUAUCACAGCAUCCACCUCGGUUGGAAGAGUAGCAGCAGGUCUGACCAAGAACCGCUGCCGUCGUCUGCUAUCGACCUAGCGCUUGCGCUUCGCGAAGCCGUGCUCGGCAUCCGUAAACGACGGCCAGAGCCCUAUUUCUGGGCACUCUUCGUCCUCUAUGGAAAUUGGAAUUUGGUGUCCUAA